GCGUAAACCGUGAAGACCAUGAAAAACAUAGGCAAGAGAAGAAUGGAAUCUGUAUUUCUCCCAUCCCGAGGAUUCCCUCCAGAAAUCCACUUCAAAAAAGCAAACAGGCCCUUAUCUCUCCAUUGCCUCCGCAAUCCUCGCUUCUUUCCCUUUCUAUUUCUUAUUCUCUCUCCUUCCCUUUUCUCCUUUCCCAUCACAUCUCGUUUCUCUGUUCACUGUUUAACCCACAAAAUGAGACUAUGACGACGCCCUCUCAACCGCCAACGCCCCUUCGCAAGCUGCUUGUCGAAGUAGUCAAUGCGCGUGAUCUUCUUCCCAAGGAUGGCCAGGGGAGUUCCAGUCCUUAUGUCCUUGCUGCUUUCGAUGGCCAGAAGAGGCGAACCUCCACCAAGUUUCGGGACCUCAAUCCUGAAUGGAAUGAGAAGCUCGAGUUUAUUGUCUCUGACCCGGAUAAUAUGGAAUUCGAGGAGCUCGAAAUCGAGGUCUUUAAUGAUAAGAAGUAUGGUAAUGGCAGCGGCCGGAAAAAUCAUUUCUUGGGGCGGCUCAAGUUAUACGGUUCUCAAUUUGCUAAGAGAGGAGAAGAGGAGCUUGUUUAUUUCCCUCUUGAGAAGAGGAGUGUUUUUAGCUGGAUUAGAGGAGAAAUUGGGUUGAAAAUUUGUUACUAUGAUGAGUUGGUAGUCGAGGACCAGCAGCCUCCGCCUCCGUCGGAUAAGGAUGCACCGCUACCACAGGAACAGCCCAAGUCUCCGGCGAUUGUCGUGGUGGAAGAAGGCAGACCUUUCGAGUUUCUUGCACGUCCUGAGACUUUCCAUAGUCAUCGUUUUGGCGACGGUUCUGACUUGCCUCCUGUCGUCGUUGUCGAGGAAUCUCCGCCUCCUGUGGUGCAUUUACACUCAGAAUCACCUGUUUGUGAGCCAGCAGAGCCACAGGCAGAGGGUCUCUACACCUCGGACUUGAGGAAGAUGCAGACAACACGAUUUGCUGCUUGUGCUGGCGCGAGAGUGAGAGUACCAAAGCGGCCUGAUGGAGAAUACUCUCCAAGAGUGAUCUCUGGAAAAUUUACUGGAGAAAACGAGAGAGUUAAUCCGUACAAUCUCGUUGAACCAAUGCAGUACUUGUUCGUCAGAAUAGUGAGAGCUCGGGGUUUAUCGCACAACAACAGUCCAUACGUGAAGAUCAGAACUUCGAGUAAUGGUUUGAGAUCUAAACCUGCGAUUUACAGAACCGGUGAGCCAACCAAUUCGCCCGAGUGGCAUCAGGUAUUUGCAUUGAGUUACGACAGACUUGACUUGCGCAGCUCGACUCUAGAAAUCUCAGUUUGGGACUCGCCGGAGCAGUAUCUUGGUGACAUAUGCCUCGAUCUUUCCGAUGUUCCUGUGAGGGACCCACUAGACAGUGCCUUGACUCCUCAAUGGUACCACCUAGAGAGUGGCCCCGGUCAGAUCAGCAGUAGAGUCUCCGGCGAUAUUCAGCUAUCAGUCUGGAUUGGAACUCAAAAAGAUGAUGCUUUCCCAGAGGCAUGGAACUCUAAUGCACCACAUGCAGCUCACACGCGAUCAAAGAUUUACCAGUCUCCGAAGCUUUGGUAUUUAAGAGUCACGAUUCUUGAAGUACAAGAUGUGCAGAUUACUUCGAAUCUGUCUCCGUUAACAACGCCAGAGAUUCGAGUCAAGGCUCAUCUUGGAUUUCAAUCUGUAAGAAGCAGACGAGGGUCCAUGAACAAUCAUAAUGCAUCAUUUCACUGGAACGAGGACCUGAUAUUCGUCGCCGGCGAACCCUUGGAGGACUCCCUUAUCGUGGUAGUGGAGGGUCGUACAAACCGAGAAGCAAUACCUCUUGGGCACGUCAUGGUUCCAUUGAGUUCGAUCGAGCAACGGAUAGAGGAGAGAUAUGUGGUGCCAAAAUGGUUCGCAUUGGAAGGUAGAGCUAGUAUUGGACCAAAUGGUGCAGGUGUGGGCUACCAUGGGAGAAUACAUCUACGACUCUGUUUGGAGGGAGGGUAUCAUGUGCUGGAUGAAGCAGCACAAGUAUGCAGCGACUUUAGACCCACGGCUAAGCAGCUGUGGAAGCCGGCUAUAGGGAUGUUGGAGCUGGGAAUUCUAGGCGCCCGAGGCCUAAUGCCCAUGCAACACAAUGUAAACAGAGUUCUUCGAGGCAAGGGCUCCACCAAUGCUUAUUGUGUAGCUAAAUACGGCAAAAAGUGGGUCCGCACAAGAACCAUCACGGACAGUUUUGAUCCACGCUGGAAUGAGCAGUACACGUGGCAGGUUUAUGACCCUUGCACCGUUUUGACCAUUGGUGUGUUUGACAAUAGUCGUAUUUUUGCUGACUCCACAGAACAUAAGUUUGAUACGCGUAUAGGUAAAGUACGGAUACGAGUAUCCACCUUGGACAGCAACAAGGUUUAUAUCAGUUCAUAUCCUCUGUUGGUUUUACAAAGAUCUGGUUUAAAGAAAAUGGGUGAGAUAGAAUUAGCGGUUCGGUUCGUUUGCCCGAGUUUAUUGCCACAAACUUGCACCGUAUACGGUCAGCCGUUGCUUCCUAGGAUGCACUAUCUCCGCCCACUUGGUGCGGCCCAGCAAGAGGCUCUACGUGGGGCUGCCAUCAAAAUGGUUGCUUCAUGGCUUGGAAGAUUCGAACCACCAUUGGAGCCUGAAGUGGUUCAGUACAUGUUGGAUGCGGAUUCUCACUCGUGGAGCAUGAGGAAGAGCAAAGCAAAUUGGUUUCGAAUCGUAGCUGUUCUUGCAUGGGCAGUCGGAUUGGCGAAAUGGUUGCAUAAUAUCCGCAUGUGGAAGAACUCGACUACAACAGUUCUAGUUCAUAUUUUGUAUUUGGUACUUGUUUGGUUUCCGGAUUUGAUUGUUCCUACCGGGUUCUUGUACAUGUUCUUGGUUGGUGUAUGGUACUACAGGUUCAGGCCCAAGAUACCAGCAGGUAUGGAUACAAGGUUAUCUCAAGCGGAGACAUUGGAUCCAGAUGAGCUGGAUGAGGAAUUUGAUACAAUUCCAAGCUCAAAACCACCAGAAAUAAUCAGGGCUAGAUAUGACAGGUUACGGAUUUUAGCUGCUCGGGUCCAAACAGUUUUGGGUGAUUUAGCAACACAAGGAGAGCGGGUUCAAGCUUUGGUAAGUUGGAGGGACCCACGUGCAACCAAGUUGUUCAUAGUAGUAUGUUUGGCUAUAACCAUAAUUCUUUACGUAGUGCCACCAAAAAUGGUUGCUGUGGCCUUAGGAUUCUACUAUCUAAGGCAUCCAAUGUUCCGGAACCCCAAGCCACCGGCCAACCUGAACUUCUUCCGGCGACUUCCCAGUUUAUCGGAUCGGUUAAUGUAGAUUUGUUAGAGAGGAUAUAAAGUUACAGAUAGUAGAAAUUACAAAAAUUUUUGGGCACCAAGAAAGAAUUGCUUUUGGCUGCAAAAAAGAAAAAAGAUUUAUGGGAAAACUCGGGAUAAGAGAAAGGAGUGGGGUAGAAAGAGAUUGGAGCAGGAAGAAAAAGGAAAAUUUAGAGCCAGUUAAACGGGAGGGAAAGAGGGAGUUUGCUGUAAUGGUGUCGUGAAAAGUUUAAACAUUUGAAUUAUUACUUUCUAACUAGAAAAGCUGUAUUUUUUUUAGCAUUUAUCUAUUUCUUCUUCUCAGUUGGUUUCA